AACCAACUCGCCUUGUCUCAUAAAUCAAUCACUCUUCAUUUCACACUCCUUCCCACUUCCAUCCAGCUUUUCUCCUCACUCUCUCUCUCUCUCUAGUCUCUCUUUUGUAGCUCUCUCCCCUGCUGCUACCCUAUAGCUAAAACCACUGCACGUUUCCAAAGAGAGGCAGAUGAGUCUCUCUCUGAGAGAUUUUCUCUCUAUCAUCAUCUUAUCUUCUUCUUCUGUGUAAUGAUGAUCCUCUCAGCCAACAACAAUUCAUUAUCAACAAUAUAGAAUAGAAGAUCUUUUAUCUUUCUUCUCAUUCUUGAGUUUUCAUUCCCCACAAUGGCGAUUCCCAAGGAGGAAGAAGCUCGAGAAGAGCAGAGCAAUUCAUUUCUUCUUGAUGCUCUCUACUGCGAAGAAGAAGAGCAAUGGGAAGAAGACGAAGAAGGAGAACAAGUUGAAGAGAACAACUCUUCCUUUUCUCCAUUCGUUCUUCUUCAACAAGAUUUGUACUGGGAAGACGAAGAUCUGGUCACUCUCUUCACCAAAGAAGAAGAACAAGCUGAACUCGGCAGCUGUCUCGAUGAUGUUUAUCUCUCCACGGAUCGAAAAGAAGCUGUGGGUUGGAUUCUGAGAGUCAACGCUCAUUAUGGCUUCUCUACUCUGGCUGCUGUUUUAGCCAUAACUUAUCUCGAUAAGUUCAUCUGUAGCUACAGCUUACAGAGAGACAAACCGUGGAUGCUUCAGCUCGUUUCUGUAGCUUGCCUCUCUCUUGCUGCUAAAGUCGAAGAAACCCAAGUCCCUCUUCUUCUAGACUUCCAAGUGGAGGAGACAAAGUAUGUGUUUGAGGCCAAAACCAUACAGAGAAUGGAGCUACUGAUCCUCUCUACUCUCGAGUGGAAGAUGCAUCUCAUUACUCCAAUUUCGUUUGUAGACCACAUUAUCAGGAGAUUGGGACUUAAGAACAAUGCUCACUGGGAUUUUCUCAACAGAUGCAACCGUCUCCUACUCUCUGUAAUCUCCGAUUCAAAAUUUGUCGGGUACCUCCCAUCAGUAGUUGCCGCAGCUACCAUGUUGCGAAUUAUAGAGCAAGUUGAGCCCUUUGACCCUCUUUCAUACCAAACUAAUCUCCUUGGUGCUCUUCACUUAACUAAGGAAAAGGUGAAAACUUGCUACGAUUUAAUCCUCCAACUACCAAUGGACCGCAUUGGUUUACAGAUCCAAAACCAAUCUUCCCGGAAACGCAAGAGUCACGAAUCAUUAUCAUCAUCGUUGAACAGUCCAAGCUGUGUCAUCGAUUCAAAUCCUUUCAAUAGCGAUGAAAGCUCCAACGAUUCGUGGUCAGCGAGUUCGUACAAUCCAACAUCGUCGCAGCAGCAACAACCUUCGUUAAAGAAGAUGAGAGGAGCUCAAGAGAAUGAUACGAAGAAGACGAUUUUGCAUCUGCCUUGUGCAAUCGUAGCCACUCCAUGAUCGACGAAAGCUCGAUUUCGUUUUUUUUUUCCGGUUUAUAUAUAUAUUACUGUCUUUAUUUUAAAUUUUGAGAACAAAUCUUUGUAUCUUUCCCCGUUUGCAUAUACAAAAUGUCGCGAAUGCCCUUAGUUUCCAUGGCUUGAUAGAGUUAAUGGUGGAGGGUAUUCAUGACAUUUGACUGCAUGGGAUGUGAUGAAGAGACAAUUAGAGAAAUAAUAAUAGUCGUUGCGUAAAUUUUGGGCCGUAA